AUGGUAAGAGAUACUUUUCAGAAAAAUCCAGAAGUUGAUAUGAAAUUACGACUUAUCGGGAGAAGGGAUCAAGAUGGAAGAACAUAUAACCUACCGACUGCUUCUGAGGUUGCUACUUUAAUUAUUGGUGACAUUUCUGAUUCAAUCGAAAAGAGGGACAUCGUCGUUCAAACAAAAAAUGGUUCUUUACAACGCAUCAGUGAAUUGCAUCCUUCGUACCUUCUUCUCCAAUAUCCAUUGCUAUUUCCAUAUGGGGAUGAUGGUUACAGUGUUGACAUUCUUCAUAGAGGUGUGUCAUUUACGACCGAAAGCAAGCGUGCGAAAUGUACAAUGAGAGAAUAUUUCGCUUAUAGGAUUCAAUACAGAGAUCAUUCGUUCUCUCUCAUACUUAAUUCAAAAAGGUUGUUUCAACAGUUUCUGGUAGAUGCCUAUACUAUGAUGGAAACAGAGAGAUUGUACUACAUACGUAGGCAACAACAUGUUCUUAGAUGUGAUUCUUAUGAAAAUUUACGUAACCAAAAAGCUCAGGGAACGACUGAUAUCUCGAAUGUCGGCCAACGUGUCAUAUUACCUUCGUCCUUUACCGAUGGUGCGCGCUAUAUGCUGCAAAACUAUUUGGAUGCCAUGUCACUAUGUAAAUGGUUUGGAUAUCCUGAUUUCUUCAUAACCUUUACGUGUAAUCCCAAAUGGCCUGAGAUUAAAAGGUUUCUUAAGGAUACUUCACUUCAACCAAAAGACAGGCCUGAUAUACUAUGUAGGUUGUUCAAGAUCAAGCUUGAUGCAUUCAUUAAAGACUUAAGGGAGAAUCAAAUUUUCGGCAAAGUUCAAGCAUAUGUUUAUACCAUUGAAUUUCAAAAAAGAGGUUUGCUGCAUAGUCAUAUAUGUCUAUUCAUGCAUUCUGACAACAAGCUACCAAGUGUUGAAUGUAUCGAUCCGAUAAUUUCAGCAGAGAUACCAGACAGAAUUGAAGAUCCUGAUUUGUAUUCACUUGUGAAUGAGUUUAUGAUUCAUGAUCCAUGUGGAGCUGAAAAUAUGAAUUGUCCAUGCAUGGUGGAUAAAAGGUGUUCUAAAAACUUUCCAAAACAAUUAUGUAAUCAUUCGUCUGUUGAUCAUAAUGGUUUUCCGUUAUAUAGGCGAAGAAACGAUGGUCAUUUUGUUGAAAAAUCAGGUGUAAGGUUGGAUAAUAGAAAUGUUGUUCCAUACAACAAAUAUCUAUUGAAAAGAUACCAGGCACAUAUUAAUAUUGAAUGGUGCAAUCAGGGAUCUUCUAUAAAGUAUUUGUUUAAAUACAUAAAUAAGGGUCCUGAUAGAGCUACAGUUGCUGUUGUACCAACCAACAAUGAAUGUGAAAAUAACAAUGCAGUCGAUGAAAUAGCUGAAUAUUACGAUUGUAGAUAUUUAUCACCAUGUGAAGCAUCAUGGCGAAUUUUUACAUAUGAUGUUCAUUGCAGAUAUCCUUCUGUUCUCAAACUACCUUUUCAUCUUCCUAAUCAACAGCAGAUUGUAUAUGGCGAAGACGAUGAUAUUGAUGAUGUUCUUGACAAACCUUCUGUUGCGGCUUCAAUGUUCACAUCUUGGAUGAAGUGUAAUUCAAUCAACAGUGAAGCACGGAAACUCACAUAUGUUGAAUUUCCUACAAAGUUUGUUUGGGUAUCAAAUGGUCGGUUUUGGAAGCGAAGGAAAGUAGGAAAAGCCAUCGGUAGAAUUCAUUUGGUUUCACCUAAACUAGGUGAAGCAUAUUUCUUAAGGAUUCUUUUAAAUAAAGUAAAAGGUCCAACAUCAUUUGAUGAUAUUCGCACGGUAAAUGGUGAAACACAUUCUUCUUUUAGAGAUGCUUGUUAUGCACUCGGGCUAUUAGAUGAUGACAAGGAAUACAUUGAGGCAAUUAAAGAAGCAAGUCAUUAUGGAUCUGGUUUUUAUCUACGCUUCUUAUUUGCUACAUUGUUGAUGUGUAAUAGUAUGUCUAAACCAGAGGUCGUUUGGGAAAAUACAUGGGAAUAUCUAGCAGAUGGAAUUCUAUAUAACCAACGACAAAGAUUUAAGUCUGCAGAAUUGUCACUCGGAGUACAUGAACUUAAAAUCUUAACUUUGUUCGAAAUAGAACAAAUUUUACUUCGAAACAACUCUACUCUCAAAAACUUCAAAAACAUGCCAUACCCAGAUGUUGAAUCCGUUUUUUCUUCAAAUAAUCGACUUAUCACCGAGGAGCUAGAUUACGACAUUCCCGUUAUAAAGAAUGACUAUGAUCAAAAUAAAGGAGGUGUCUUCUUUGUUUAUGGUUAUGGUGGAACGGGCAAAACUUUUUUAUGGAAAACAAUAUCUGCAGCAAUUAGAUCUGAAGGUAAUAUUGUCUUAAAUGUUGCUUCAAGCGGUAUUGCUUCCUUAUUAUUACCCGGUGGUAGAACAGCACACUCUCGAUUUAUACUUCCAUUUGAACUUACAGAGGAUUCUUUUUGUAAAAUAAAUCCAGACGGUGAGUUGGCUAACUUAAUAAGAAAAACCUCUUUAAUAAUUUGGGAUGAAGCACCUAUGGUCCAUAAGCAUGCAUUUGAAGCUUUAGAUCGAACUUUGAAGGAUUUGUUAAGGUGCGGAAAUUCAACCAUCUCAAAUAUUCCAUUUGGAGGGAAAGUUAUUGUCUUUGGAGGAGAUUUUAGACAGAUUCUACCUGUUGUUCCGGGUGGCAGUAGACAGAACAUUGUAAAUGCUUCUUUGAGUUCUUCAUAUUUAUGGCAACAUUGCAAAGUCCAUAGAUUAACAAAAAACAUGAGGCUAACUGUUGGAAGGGAUCAAUCAAAUAUAGGAAAAAUAAGAGAUUUUGCAAAUUGGUUGUUGGAUAUAGGAGAAGGAAAACUUGGUGGUCCUAACGACGGUGAAACGAUUAUCGAUAUUUCAGAGAACUAUAGCGAUAUAAAUUAUUUCCAAGAAAGAGCGAUACUUGCUCCAAAAAAUGAAGUUGUCCAGGAAAUAAACGACCGUCUGCUUAAGAAGUUUCCAGGAGAUGAAGUUGAAUAUUUAAGUUCAGACAACAUAUGUGAAUCCGAAUUUGUCCAUGAUCAAUUUGAUGCAAAUUUAUACUCUCCUGAUGUAUUAAAUGGUCUUAAAGUAUCCGGUUUACCAAAUCAUAAGUUAGUUUUAAAAAUUGGUGUUCCAGUAAUGUUACUGAGAAAUAUUGAUCAGAAAAACGGCUUAUGUAAUGGCACAAGACUACAGGUGUUAUCAUUGGGGAAACAUGUUAUUGAGGCACGUAUAAUAACUGGAACUAAUAUUGGAAACCGGACUUUUAUUCCAAGAAUGUCUUUAACUCCAAAAAAAAAGAUUCCCUUCAAAUUCACAAGAAGACAGUUUCCUUUGGCCGUAUGUUUUGCAAUGACUAUUAAUAAAAGUCAAGGACAAUCGUUAUCAAAGGUUGGUUUGUUUCUGAAAGAUCCAGUUUUUUCACAUGGACAAUUGUAUGUUGCAUUAUCUAGAGUUCAAAGCAGAGAGGGAUUAAAAUUAUUAAUUUUAGAUAAACAUGGCAAACUCACAAAUAAAACUUCCAAUGUUGUUUAUAAGGAAGUUUUUCGAAAUUUGUAG